AUGGCCACCACAACCCCCGCCACCCUCAUCGCAACCCUCGAAUCACAUCUCACACCCACCCUGGCAUUUACAUCUCCCACAACUUCACCAACCCAGCCAGUCCUCCACCUAAUUCCACCCUCCACCCUCACCAAACUGCGCAAUUUAGGCUCCGGUCGCGUAAAAGACAUGCACAUGCUCGGCCACUCUCGACAAAUCAUCAGCCAUAUUCCUGUCGCUGCUCCGCCACAAAUAUGUAGCAAGUUCAACGACGCCAUACAUGCGGCGACCAUGACAAAUACGGCUAAAUUCUCUGUGCUGGCAGUAUUGCCUGUGGAUGGGCUGGAGGCGGCCAAGGAGCUGGCGAGGUGCGUGAGCAAAUAUCGGUUUGUGGGAGGUGUGAUUGGGUUGAGUAGGGGACUAAGGAUCGAUGGGGAGGGCUGGGAGGAACUUUGGGGACUAGCCGAGAGGCUCCGCGUUCCAAUCAUGUUCAGAGAGAUGUGGCCGUUGGCGUUUGAGAUUGUGGACUACCAACAUCACCUCCCUUACAGCGCCCUUGGGCCUAUCUUGACGCAACUUCAUACGCCCCAUACUUCAUCACCACUUCCGCUCGUGCGACUCUAUCUCAGCUCCAUCUUUGAUCACUAUCCGAACCUCCGGCUCGUCCUGGCACACCCCGGUUCGCUACCUUCGCUCGUUCCACGUAUCGAAGGCCUGAUUGACUCUAUACCCGCCGCAGACAAACCGAAACGCAGUUUUCUGGACGUCUGGCAGCACAACAUCUACCUCACAACCGCCGAUGCACAAGACAUGUCCAGUCUGAGAGCACUGUUGGAGCAGAUCCCAGUAGACAGAAAAGGGGAAACGAGUUGA